CAAUCUAAGGUCCCUAACUCACAUUCAUACAUACUAGGGACAAUUUAGACAGGAGCCAACUCACCUACCAGCAUGUCUUUGGAGCAGGGGCGGACUGACAACUCAUGGGGCCUCCGGGCAAUAGGGGAUCAUGGGGCCCCUGUGUCCUUGCCCAAACUCAAAAAAGCCUAUGAAAAAGGUAUCAGGGGCAUCUCAUGGGGCCCCCUACUGACCCUGGGCCCUUGGGCAGUGCCCGAGUUUCCAAAUGGUCAGUCCGCCCCUGGUCCCAGGAAAUGC